CCAAUACAAAUUAAUGUUUAUAACCAGCUGGACAGUUGUCAUCAGAUUAAGUUUUAUUUGCCUUGUGCAACAUAAUUUCGCUUUACUAGUAUUUUAUAUUAUUGUAAGUCUACAGAAUUAUGGAUAUUUCUAAGGCUACAAAUGAAAAAAAAUUGCAGUUGUGCCGAACCUAUUUCAGAGCUGGUUGGGCGUUUUUGCCAUUUGUAUGGACCAUCAAUGUGUGCUGGUUUUUUAACGAAGCAUUUCGGGUGGCUCCUUAUCCUGAACAGACAAAAAUUAAGAAAUAUGUGAUCUUUUCGCUGAUAGGCUCACUGGUUUGGGCAGCCAUUCUAAUCAGUUGGAUUAUAGUAUUCCAAACAAAACGUGCGGAAUGGGGAGCAAUGGCAGACUAUAUGAGUUUUAUUAUACCAUUGGGAAAAGCUUAAUACCAAAACACCAAUUCAAGCUAUUGUGUAAAUUUUCUUUAAAGUCAAAAACAAUAUUCAUAA